AUGAGAUGGAUUUCUGCAACACUGAUGCUAAUUCCUAUAGUUAAUGUGAUGCAUUGUUCCUUAGAACUAGAAGAAUGCGUCAUUUUCAAGCCGAGAGAAGGAGACGAAGCAAUAGUGCUCCCGUUUAUCUUCAGAGGGAAUAAUAUUAUCGUAUUGCCAACAACGAAGUAUAGUGACUUGAUGAAAAAUACCGAAAAUGUGAAAGGUUUUACACUUUUUUUAAAUCAUAUUUCACAUGUAAUAUGGAGUUUCACGGUGGGUGAUAUAGUAUACACGGACGAUAAUCGAUUUGAAAGGCUAUUUGAUGAAAAAAUGGGGAGCUACUUUGAGGAUCUACAUAAAGACAUAUUAAGUCUAUAUGUGCAAGGGAACGGAACCUUUAGUGGGUUGUUGAAAAUAGUGUACGAGAGAAUAUUUCAGUGCAAGAGGAGGAGAAAUAGACAUAUGUCAAGGUAUGGAAGCGAUAUUAUAAAAAUGACUGAAGACAUGACGAAGCUUGUACCUAGUGAAGUGGAUGAAAGAAAAAGAAGGAAGCUGGCAGCCUUUUUGGUCGCGAAUAAAAAAUAUGGAGAAUCUCUUUCUAACAUAGCAAGAUGGAGACGGAUAGUUGAGGUAGAGAAGAUAGUAUGCGAUGCAUGCGAAAAGAUCUGCUCCGACUUAAAGGAGGAGGAGCUAAUGAGAUUGCUUGCUGAAGGAAGUAUGAGAAAAGCUUUGAGGAAGGGGCUUGGCAGAGAUAAAAUCAAUUAUAGAUUAUACUUAGAAUGUAUCUUUACUGAUAUUAGAUUGUUGUCCGAUGCACAUAAAAAAUACGGAGGGGAUGUCAUAAAAGAGCUGGUCAAGCAGAUAUUGCUGGGGAAGAAGGGAGAGGAGAUAGACAGAGAGUAUAUCGACAAGGUUGCAAGAGUAGUCCAGGAAAGACAGAAAAGGGAGAUAGAAAAGAGUAUGAAAGAACUGCUGAGGGACGAGGAGAAGGCAAAGAGCAAGAAGAGGGGGAAGAGGAAGAGUGUGGGAGUCUCCGGGGCCAAGGAAGAAGAGAAGAAGGAGAGCGAGACAGAGGAGGUGGAGGCAGGUGAGGAAGCGGAGAUGCCGUCCGUGGAGGUUGGAGGAGCACGCAGGAAGACAGGUAAGAAAAGUGAGGGUGACCAGAAGCGCCUCAAGAUCCACAGUAGAGUUCUCCGGUGGAGAAAGAGCCCAGAGAAGAUCAAGAAGGAGUGGGACAGGGGAAGCGAGGAGAGGUGGAGGGGAAGGUCUCUUGAAGAGAUCAAGGAGCAGAAGGUGUUCCAUGACAUAGUGGGUGUGCUGGAACUUCUCAAGAGCCCAGAUGCAGACAGGUUCUUCAUGGAUACAGGAAAGUACACCAAGGGCGGGAGUGAGAGGCAGAGGAUGGUGGCGAUUGGGGUUCUUGAGAGGGGAGAGAAGAAGAUGACAGGAGUGGUGGAGGUUGGGAUGUUCAAGGACUCUCCUAGUGGAUGCCCAGUUGUGUACCACCUGAUGUUCCGGGUUACAGGGAUAGAGGAGAUGGGGAAUGUUGUAAACCCAGAGUUUCCCGAGGUGAGCGACGUUGAGAAGAUAGAUGAAGAUAAGGAAUACCAGGAUGCGGGCAAGUUUGUGUACCCAAAAGGAGUAAAGUUUGAAACAGUGAAGGAGACUGAUGCAUUCCAGAUAGUGUGGAAGAAUCCCUCUGACACCUCUGAGGUUCUCCAGAGUCUUACUGUACAAUGCAGACCCCCGGUGAUCUGA